AUGACCGCUGUUCUGUCGCCCCUUGAUGUCUACACGAGACGUGUCUCGUUCAACAAUAUCGAGAUCGACGACUCUGAGGCCUCCAAUGGUCUCAGCUACGCUCCUUAUUCUUCCAGUCCGGAUAACACAAGCCAUGCGCCUAGAGAGUUGGAAGUAAAUAAGUUCUUUGGAAACUACUCCAUGAGUGGUGGCUACACGCCGACACCUACAUAUCGUAAAAAACUCCGCCUUCCAGAGCCGCCCUCCAAGCUGAUUCUCAAGAAUAAAUUGACCCCCGCACAACUCCAAUACAAUAUUGCAAAUGCGGCCUCAAUGGGUAUUGAUCUCUCCCCUACAGCUCUCCAGUUCACUAACGGUAACGAAAAUGCCGUGGAAGAUAGUCUGUCUGAGGAUGAGGAGGAAGAGGAAGUGCCAGCUCCACCCUCGGCGCGCAGAAAGCUGCUUUCUCAGCUUACCGACGAGGAGCUCAUGGCCCUUGACCCGCAAUUCUCGAAGCCCAACUCUUCCAACUUGGACAAUUUCAAAUUUGACUCGGUGACAACGUACUACUCGCCCGCUAGAAGAGCGUCUACUGGAAGCGCCAACGCCCAGGCUGCGUCUGCGGCCGCGGCUAAACUGGUUGCAUAUCCCUCGCUGAACGAGAACAACUAUAAAAGCAUUUCCCUCACCUUGAAACAUCAAGAUUACGAUUACCAAGAUGCGUGCAAUAGAACACUCUUGUCCGUCAUUUCUGGAAGAAAGCAUACCUGGAAUUCUCUUGACUGGCUUUUGUUAACUCAUGGCGGCGGUCAAGCUUCCACCGGCUUCUUGCAAGAUGGCGAUUAUCUAGUGGUGGCAGCGCUCGUUCCUUAUAAAUACUUGGAAUCCGAGGGCAAAACUCACCUGAAGAAGAAGAAUUUGGAAGACACGUUGUACAAAAAAUGUGAUCUGAUUCUUCGAUACAUUGUUGACAACUUGCCCGACGCCCUGCUCAAAUUGCGGAUAACUGUUGAAUUGAUCAUGGAUGUCCCUCCCUACAACCCAAAUGGCAAUGUUAGCAAGAAUUCAGCCAAAUUUGGCACCAAGUUUAUGAUCUCUCAUUUGUUCAAACAGUACAAUCCUUCAUUGGUAAUCUUGGGCAAUCGCUCGACCAACUUGAACUUCAAGUAUCCUCUCAGAUUGAAAAGUAGCAUUAGUGGUCCAUCAGGAGGAAAGGGCUCCAUUUCUUCUGCAUCCGGGCUCAAAGCAGAGAGAGAAAACAAAGAGUUUCUCAUCAAGAUCUCCUCCUACAUGGUCAAAUACUCGACUGUUCCUGUGAUCUUGGUAGGCAAUGCAACCAUCUUCCACAAGAGAGUUGAGCGCAAACAACUGCAAAGCGUAAAAUUUUACGGGACCACGCAGCCCUCCAAGAGUAUUCUUGAUGUGCCACCGGUCAACUUUCGCAAGAAUUCUGCGGUCUCGGACAACUCCAUUGAGUCCUUUACUGGAGGUGCCUCCUCCAAUGACCAACGCUCCGAAAAUGGAAACUCUUUGAGUGAACUCAAGACUGAGGUCAAUGACCUUCUCACCACUACAGACGAGAACAGGUUCGCAGCGAUGGUCCUGGCGAUCUCGCUGUCGUCUUUGCAAGACCUGAACCUGUACCUCGCUUUGAUCAAAGACGACUCCGUUGACCGCCUCAGUCGUGAUGUGACAUCCAGCAGGGUUCACCAGGCGUACAUUAGCUCCUCGCAAGGUAAAAGCGGCUCGUUGCUCCUGAAGACCUCGUCGGGAGCAAGCGGCAGCGCGUACCGUGUCAAGAGUCUUAUUCUGUACUCUGAGGAAGAGGAAAAGAAGAACGAGAAAAUCUUGACGGAGAAGAAGCUCCGCAAGUCUGUUUCUCGUUCGUCUGUCGUUUCCAGCUCCUCAGCCAAGACUGAGGAAAAGAAAACGCCCAAGAAACGGUCGUUUCUCCUGCGCAUUGGCCUUAAGAAGAGUUAG